UAUUUAUUCAGCACAAACUUUCAUUAUUUUGCUUAGAUAGAAGCAAAUUUGUUCCUUCAAUGGGAAAUCACAAAUUCAAGUUUUCAGAUAUGAUGCCAAACACUUGGUUUUACAAGCUUAAAGAUAUGAGCAAAACCAAAAACCAUAAAUCCCCAUUUUCAUCUUCUUCUACAAAUAAGUCACAAUAUUCUCAACCAAGAUCAUCAUUUUCUUAUACUAGAAGGUCCAUUAGAGUUGACAAGAUUUACAAUUCUCAUUCUUAUAAUUUUCUUGAUCAACCAAGAAGAUCAUCAUCGUCUUCAUCUAAGAAAAAAACAAAGAGAAAAACUAUUUACAAGCCUUCGCCUAAACACAUUCCUUCUUCUGUUACCAACUACGUCUCAGUCUCAAACAAGUUGAAUACCUCUUCUUCUGUUUACUCAACAGAAAAGGAUAAAUUCCCUGAAUUAGAUUUCCUCAACUCUCCAUCCUCCGAAUUCGACUCUGUUGAUUCUCAAUCUUUCAACGAACUCCCCUCAACUUGGCCAAAUUCUUGUAAUUGUCACUUCACUUCUUCAGCUACCGAUAUAAUCAUAGACAUGAAUGACAAAGCUCUCUCGAAUGAAUUCCACAAUCUAAAUACAGAGUACGUGGAAUUUUCAGAUAUUGAUCAACUCCCUCCGAUCAUUACAAAAGCAUCGAAUUCCAUCAAGAACAUAAAACAGGACGAAAAUGUGAAGGCUCAACGAGAAAAGGAACCUAAAAACAGAGUAGGUUCCCCUGUUUCGACAAAACAUUACUCAAGCUCUUCUGGUGUAAAACUAAGAACAAAUUCUACUAAAGUAGCAAACAAGAGAAAUAGUGUGUCAUCAUCAAAAAGGCGUUCGAAGGCGAAAAAAGAGAGUUGUUCAACUUCAACAGGGACUAGUUUUGCUAUAGUGAAGGCUUCCAUUGAUCCUGAGAAGGAUUUUAGAGAAUCUAUGAUUGAAAUGGUUGUUGAGAACAAUAUCAGGGCAUCGAAAGAGUUGGAAAAUCUUCUUGCUUGUUAUCUUUCGUUGAAUUCAAAUGAAUAUCAUGAUCUUAUUGUUAAGGCAUUUGAACAAAUAUGGUUCGACUUGUCUGAUCUUCACUUGUAAAAAAAAGUUACUUGUAUUCUCAUUUCUUCUAAAAAUGUUUAAAAUGUACUAUUUUGAAGAUUUUUUUAGCUAACAAACUUGUUCAUAGCU